CCCUCGCAAACCACAAUCACCACCAUGGAGCCGCCCUCGUUCCCGUCAGCACAGUUCGGCGAGCGGUCUGCGCCGCCGCCUCCGUACCAGGCGCCGCCUCCAUCUGGCUUCCGCAUCCCAUUGAGCACCGAGUCCGCAUUCCCCGCAAGCCAGCAGCUCGGUCCGCCCGUGUGCUUGGAUGCGGACCAGUCGCCCAUCUACAUCGGGUCUGCGAUCUUCCCGAACGCGGUGCACCCGUGCAAGAUCGGCCCGCACCUCUCGCCGCCGUGCCGCGUGCCGUAUGGCGGCGGCGAGCACGAGCACCGCGGGCGAUAUGACCUGCUCCCGUUUGACCCGCAGGCGAUGGAGUGGGUGCGCACGGCGCGCGGGGAGAUCCCACCUGGCAGGCGCCCCGUUGAAGGCGGGUAUGAGGAGGGCGGGAAGAAGCUGUACCAUGCGAUGGCGUAUGUGCAGGGUCUGAGGGUCCCUGGGAAGACGGGACAGCAUUUGGCUGGAUGCAACUAUGCCUUCGGCGGUACCGAGCAUGUGGCGCAGGAGAACUACGAGAUCCUGUGCUGGAAAUGAAAGGUUGAACCCGUGCGGG